CUAGCCAGAUGCUAAGUUUAAAUGUGUCGGGAUAUACAGGGUCUCGAGUGGUUUGUAGUCUUUAAACCCGCUCGUUUGGAGCCAUGGCAGCUAUAAAGGACGGAGAGUACACGGCCACCAUCUACAAACUGAUUAAAGAUGGGCAUUAUUUAGAGGCAAUUCACAUCCUAAACGGCCAGCUUCAAAAACAUACCAAGUCCAGGGCAGCUCUGUCUCUGCUGGGCUACUGCUACUAUCACAUCCAGGAAUUCAUCAACGCUGCCGAGUGCUAUGAGCAGCUCAUGCAGCUGCACCCAGAGGUAGAGGAUUACAAAGUGUACUACGCCCAGUCCCUCUACAAAGCUGGUGCUUAUCCUGAGGCUAAUAAGGCUUCCUUCGUACUGGACAACACCAGCAGUCACACCAAGAUGGUCAAGCUUCAAGCAUCCAUCAAAUAUUGUGAGGAGGAUUAUUCUGCUUCCAAGUCCCUGUUGGAGCAGCUGCCCCAGGACGACCCAGACUGCAUCCACAACAUAGGCUGUUUGCUUUACCAGGAUGGAAAGUAUGAGGAUGCCUGCAAGAAGAUCAUGUCUGCUUUGCAAGUUGUGGGAUACGUGCCAGCGCUGUCCUACAACAUCGCUCUCUGUUUCUACAGCCUGAAGAACUAUCCUCAGGCCCUCAAAUACAUAGGAGAGAUCAUAGAACGAGGCAUGAGGGAACAUCCAGAGCUGAGCGUCGGGAUGACGACUGAAGGCAUUGAUGUCCACAGCGUGGGAAACACCCUGGUGCUGCAACAGACGGCUCUGAUCGAAGCCUUCAACCUCAAAGCCGCCAUCGAAUAUCAGCUGAAGAACUUGAAAAGAGCUCAGGAGUCUCUGACAGACAUGCCCCCGAGAGCCGAAGAGGAGCUGGACCCAGUGACGCUCCACAACCAGGCUCUGGUGAACAUGGACACAAAGCCAUCAGAGGGUUUUGAGAAGUUGGCCUUUCUGCUGCAGCAGCCCUCCUUCCCCCCCGUCACCUUUGGAAACCUGCUGCUGCUCUACUGCAAACACGAGUACUUUGACCUGGCGGCUGACGUCCUGGCAGAGAACGCCCAUCUCACCUACAAGUUCCUGUCCACGUACAUGUACGAGUUUCUUGACGCCUUGUUAACCUGCCAGACAGCACCAGAGGAGGCAUUUAGGAAGUUUGACGAGAUGAACGGCAAACUGACGGAGCAGCUGCGAAAAUUGGCCAAGCAGGUGCAGGAAGCCCGGCUGGCUCGAGAUGAGGAAGCACAGAAGAAAGCUCUGGCCGACUGUGAACUGAUGCAGGAAAAGUACAUAGUGGUCCUGAUGGCUCAGGCUAAGAUCUACUGGAACCGGGAGAACUUCCAGAUGGUGGAGAAGAUUUUCCACAAGUCGGUGGAGGUUUGUAAUGAGGAAGACACUUGGAAGUUGAACGUGGCCCACGUGCUCUUCAUGCAGAACAAGUACAAGGACGCCAUCGGCUUCUAUGAGCCCAUCGUCAAGAAGCACUACGAUAAUAUCCUGAACGUGAGCGCUGUGGUCUUGGCCAACCUGUGUGUGUCCUACAUCAUGACGAGCCAGAAUGAAGAGGCUGAGGAGUUGAUGAGGAAGAUUGAGAAAGAGGAGGAGCAGAUUUCCUAUGACGACCCUGACAAGAAGGUUUUCCACCUCUGCAUCGUAAACCUGGUCAUUGGAACGCUGUACUGUGCCAAGGGAAACUACGACUUUGGCAUCUCUCGUGUUAUCAAGAGCCUGGAGCCGUACAAUAAGAAGCUCGGGACGGACACAUGGUUCUAUGCCAAGCGUUGUUUCCUGUCUCUGCUGGAGAACAUGUCCAAACACAUGGUCAUGCUGAGGGACGCUGUUGUAGAGGAGUGUAUUCAAUUCCUGGAGCACUGCGAGGUCUACGGGAAGGAAGUGCCGGCUAUCAUCGAGCAGCCUCUGGAGGAGAUUCACAUUCACAUCGGCAAGAACACUGUCACCUACGAGGCUCGACUGCUCAAGGCGCUGUUCUAUGAUGUUAUUGGCUGGAACAAGUGACAUCAUCACACGGUGUCAGCCAGAGAUGGUAUUUUGUCAAUAAAGUCGACUCAAGGAUAAUUGACCUGAAGCCAGAGACAAUCAACACUAUACACCUCAGGGAAGCUUCUAUAAUGAAGUGAGGGGGUGAGUUGAAGCAGAAGAAUUAAGAGAACAGACGUCAGGAGGUCUGGUUCAGUGAUCUCAGCUCUUACAGUAAUAGUCAGUAAUACUCGCUGUGCAGAGUAUGAUGAGCUUCUUUUAUUAGCAGUGUUUAUUCUACUCAACAUUAAAUACAUAAACACUUUGUUUAAAGUUCACCUUCAUACAUUCAUGAUUCAUGCGUAUAUCCUCUUUGGUGAGCGUGUUUUCUAUACUAUACAUAACAUUAUUGUUAAUAACAAAAAUGUAAUUUAAGGACAAUAAAGAUUGUUAUGUUUGAAAGAAUAAUCAGUGCCCUGCUAUUUUUUCCUGUGAAAUAAUGAAUGUGUUUAUUCACAGCUGUAGU